CCGCUCAGGAUGACCGACCUUCACUUACGACACUCAUGGAAGUAUUCAUCAGCUUCCACGAGCAGACGUCAACCAUCGCUCUGAGAAACGCACGUAAGAUUCUUGAACUUGGGAGUAGAGAGCGGUUUGAAUAUUGCCCGAAAGUCCAUGACUACUGAACCUCCAUUCACACUUUUUGUGCUCGAUGAGAAUAUCGACACUAAGUAUCUGGACAGAAGUCUCAAGCUCACCCAUGACUGGGAUACGAAUGCAAGAUGGGACUUGUGGGUUGCGACCGACUCACACGAAGAUAUGCCCAAGGCGCCAGGCGAAAGGCAGCCUCUACCACAGGCCACAAAGCCACCACUAAAAGGCUUGUUUAGGUCACCCUGGAUUGGCAAUAUUGUAGAAGAAUGUGCCAAAUGGCUACAAAACGCUCCAGAUGAGAGCGCGGUACAGAAAGAAUAUUUCAUUAGGACGGAUACAUCGACUCUGCCUGAUGAAUUCCUCCGGCACUUACCAGGUUCCAUAUUGUUCAUAUCCUUUGUAUACCUCGCAAAGCAACAAAAACUUAAUAAAACCAGAAGCUAUCGUUCGAACGACCCUAGAGUUCGGACCAGAAGAUCUCAGCAACACGCCUCCGGUCAUAAGACUGUAGGGUCGCUUUCUGCCGCAGGUCCAUCUAGCAGUCGUAUAGCGAUACCUUCGUGAUUACACUGAGCUACAACGUGGACGAUAUCCUUAACCCGUCCGGAAAUGGAAAGCCUGGCAUCCACUUGCUCUGCUCAUCGGCUUGCCUUAGCCAAGCCUCUCUAGUUUUAAGGGCUAUUUCGCGCUAGACUAUUUCGCUGAAGGCCAGAAUCUAUCGUCUAUCUCACCUCACAUAAUUCCGCUG